AAAGAAAGACCGAACAAAAAAAAAAAAAAAAAAAAAUAAACUCUUUUAUUUUAUAAUUUGUGCUGUGAGCCGAAUGCUGUGAUAUAAAACCAAAUGAAACCAAACCCAACCAUACAUACAAAGCCAAACAUAAACAAAAGGCAUAAAACAAAAAUUGAGAAAGUAAUACCACAUACCACGGCGCAAACGAUAUCUACUGAUGUGUACGUGUGUGUCGACAUGCAUCGUCGUACGCUAGCUGAGGAGCAUCAACCACACACUACCCAGCCAUCAAUUCGAUUGUGUAAUAAGCACAAGGCCAACAAGAAGGAAAAUUGUUUUUAAUACUACAACAAAACCGACCCAAUUGCCUUGGAAAGCAAUAGUGAUUUAAACACUUAUAUAUGAGAACAAACGCGCACAAACGCGCACACAAACCUACACACAAAACAUAUAUAUAUAUAUAUAUAUAUAUAGAUAUAUAUACACAAAAACACGCAUAUACGCCAUUCAACCAUUUAAACGUACGGUGCAUGCAUGUGCGUAGUUAUAUGCACGUUGUCGUAUGUACAUUUGGUUGAACGACUCAACAUCUUCAUAAGUGCAUAUAUUUAUUGCAAUACUUGAACAUACGUACGCGUACAUAUGUAAAUGCCAAAGUACAUGUAUGAGAUUGUACUGGCACUUGGAUACGCGUAUACUAUUGCAAUUUUUGGUGGCAUUUAUAAACCAUAAAUGUUGAACCAAGUCCUAGACCGAACGAGGACCUGGUCAGCUUAAGCUAUUAUAUAUAAUUAAAGAGCAACUAAAUCUGCUUGAAAACAAGCCUGUCUGCCUGCCUGCGUGCCUGCCUGACCUGCAAAGAUUCGCACACCGUUUAGAUUUGCAAGUGAGCAUUACGAGCAUUAAACAGGAAACGCAACGAAAGACAACAAAAUAGCGACGACGACGACGACGACGACGACGACGACCAACCGUAAACCAAUCGGCGUGCGCGCGAAUUUGUAAUCGUGUUUGCUGUUUGUUGUACGGGCAAACACAUAAAGCCACUGACUGACUGUUGCUAGUCAGCCAACUGCAGACAAUAUAACUACGGCCACAUAAUGACUACACCGCCGGAAGUUAAGUACACAAGCACAAGUUUAUCGCUGUCAUCGUUAAUCACAUGUUUUAUAUCCUGUUUUGUCAUUGUGAGUUGUCUGCUGGAGGGCCUUUGUGUAACAUCAAAAGCUAAUGCGUUGUCGCAGUCGGCGACAUUGUCUUUGGAUCCUUUGCUUUGGGAUCAUGUUGUCGAUUUGAAUGAAGAUUUUCGCAUUCUAUGGAAAAUCAUUAAUCAAGAUAUAACAUUCGAAAUACAGGCUCGUACCCUGGGCUACGUGGGUUUCGGAUUUUCACCCGACGGCAACUUUGCCGGCUCAGACAUAGCAAUUGGUUGGGUGGACAAGGGACAAACAUAUUUUCAGGAUCGUCACAUUAAACGAAAUGGUGAUCCGGAGCCGAUUGUCGAUCCCUCACAGGAUUAUAUAUUAAUGUGGGGCUACGAAAAUCGAACGCAUACCGUAUUAAGAUUUCGUCGAAAACUCGAUACAUGCGAUCCUGCUCAUGACAUUGCCAUAACGAAUGAUACGAUGCGUCUAUUAUACAUGUACAAUGAACGUGAUCCACCGCAUGGUUCCGUCAAAGCUGGUCAUUUACCUAAUCCUGCUAGCUCGUUUCGACCUUACAGACCAAUAGUGCUGACACAGCGGCCUCAUAUUCAAUUCAAACACGAAGAAUAUGUACGUAUACUGGAACUACGUAAUGAAGAUGUUGAACUGCCCGGUGCUGAUGAAACUUUAAUUUGGUGCAAAACAUUCAAGUUAGAUGAUAUGAAACGUAAACAUCAUCUAAUCAGGUACGAACCCAUUUACGAUUCACCGGCCAGCGUGCAUAACUUACAGCAUAUAACGUUGCGUGAAUGUCAUGGUAUGCAUCAGGAAUUGGAGGAAAUGGCACGCGAACAGGGCAGACAGUGUAUGGGCGCCCGUGAUAUACCAUUAGCGUGCAAUGCUAUUGUUGCUUCGUGGUCACGAGGCUCUAAUAGUUUCACAUUCCCAGACGAGACCGGCUAUCCCAUGGAGUCUCGUCAAGCCAAAUAUUAUCUAAUGGAGACACAUUACAACAAUUUACAGCCUGAUUUAACACAAUUACAUGCCAACCGACAAAUGGCCGACAAUUCCGGAUUAAAAAUCUACUUUACUCAUGUUUUGCGUCGCCACGAUGCUGGAGUACUUUCAAUAGGGAUGGAUCCCAAUUGGCGUCAUAUAAUACCGCCGGGGCAGAGUCAAGUCAUCUCUGAGGGUCAUUGCAUUGAAGAUUGCACUGCAUACGCCUUUCCAAUGGAUGGCAUACACAUAUUUGCGGUAAUGAUGCGCACUCAUUUAAUUGGAAAGGAAAUCAAACUACGUCAGAUUCGUCAAACCGAAGAAUUGCCACCAAUUGUUCACGACAGCAAUAUAGAUGUCGCCUAUCAGGAUUUUCGACGUCUAACGGCGCCCGUACGAGCCUUACCAGGCGAUAGACUAAUAGCUGAAUGCAUUUAUGACAGUUCGUCACGAAAAGCAAUCACUCUGGGUGGCUUAACCAUGAAGGAAGAAAGCUGCAUUGUUCUGAUGCUUUACUAUCCCCGCCAAAAUAAGCUAACAACCUGUCACUCGCUUCCGAGCCUGCCAACUGUACUUCAUUCGUUGGGUAUUGAGCAGCUGGCGACUGACUCAAAUCCUGUACUAAUAUCAGCACCUCCCGAACUGGCUGGCAUGACAUUAGAAGUUCGACUUUUAUCAUAUGACUGGCGAAAUCAGUUUAAUGAAUUUCAAGAGGCCACGCGAAAAGGUUCAUUUAAGCCACUCUGCUGGGGCGUUAAAAAUCGUGUAGUACCGGGAACUGAAUAUCUCGAGGGCUAUAGUAUAAAUGUCACAAAGACCUACAAAAAGCAACGACAUUGUAAACACAAGAGACUGUUUGUAACAGAAGAAACGAUGCCUGACAUUAGCUUUCCGGUAUUGCAUGAAAUCGACAACAACAACAUUAUCGAGGGUGCCGCUCGAAGUAGUCAAAAUUCUGCGAGCGAAACAGUGCACGGAUUAAGUAAAGCUCAAGGCUACAGUCAAAUGAUUACAACAACAACAUUAAUACUUACAACUGUCUAUCUAUUGCUGCAACAUAUAAGCAAACGUUGGUGGCAGUGCUGGCGCUUACAUCUAACGUGAAAUAUUUCACAUUUCAUUCAACAGACAUAUGCCGCAAAGUGAAAACGACACCGCUUUCAACUGCAUUUACAGCGCGCACAAACUGAUCUAUAAAUACUGAUAUAUAUAUAUAUAUAUAUAUCUAUAUAUAUAUCUACACUUUAUACUCAAGCAUUCAUUUAAGCAUACCUACCUAUAAAUGCAGUAAAUAUGAAUGAUUUAAGAUGAGAACAAAUGCAAACGUUAUCUAAUAAUAUUCUUCUCAUUGACAUUUCCCAUCGUUGUUAUUUAAAAACAAAAACAAAAACAAAAACAAAAUACAAAUAAUUAUGCUUU